AUGUUUCGUUCAACAAAAUCAAAAUUAUUACAACUAUUGCUUAGCGGUUCAACAAUGGGUUUUACAUUACAAACAUACAGUACCUAUACUUUUAUUGUCAGGUACGGCAGUCAAAUGGUCGACCUAUUACUACUAGUAGAGUCACCUAAUAAUCAUUAUCAACAAUAUGUUUGCAAUAGACGGGAAAAACGUACAGAAAACUCUGGUCGGCGGCCAUCAGUUGAUACACCCUUCGGUAAAAUUAUCGGUACAAGUGUCCAGCGAUUGGGCCGUCAGGUCAACAGUUUUCUGGGUAUACCCUAUGCUGAACCACCAGUCGGUAAACUAAGGUUUAGGAAACCCGUAGCAAAAAAACCGGUAAAAGUUAUCACUGCUAUUAAACAACCGGAUUAUUGUUGGCAACCGUCAAAGUAUUACAACAAAUAUUAUAAAAAACUAAUCAAAACGUAUGGCAAAUGGAUAACCGAUUGGACGGACAGUAUGGCUGACAUCAGGCCAUCGGAAGACUGUCUCUAUUUGAAUGUCUAUCAGCCGACGGUCGUCGACCCGACAAACAGGACAACAAUGACCGACAACAACAACAAUAACAACUUAACGGUAAUGGUUUACAUACACGGCGGUGCCUUUCGUAUGGGUGCUGUCAGUCUGUUUGACGGGUCAGUCAUGGCUGCCAAUCAACAGGUACUGAUAGUUACCAUUAGCUACAGUAGUAGUGGUAGUGGUAGUAGUUAUCAUGAAUUGGCCGGUAAUUGGGGUCUUCACGAUCAGGUCAUGGCACUCAAGUGGAUCAAACUGAAUAUCCAUUGGUUUGGUGGCAAUCCUGAUAACAUAGUAUUGUUUGGCGAAAGUGCCGGUGCUAUGAGUAUUGGCUAUCAUAUGCUUUCCCCAUUAAGUCAGCAACUAUUUCAUAGAGCUAUUAUGGAAAGUGGCGAUCCAUUAGUACCAUUCAUAAUGGCUGCCAAACAUACCCAUACCCAGGCAGUGGUCGAUCUGAUUCACCAUAAUAAUAAUAAUAAUAUGGAGAUCAUUGAUGAUGGACUUGAGUGUAUCAGACAAACAAAUAGCCGACAAUUGCAGGACAUAUCGGAAACGGUUAGUAAAAAAUUUAAGGAACAGAUAUUUCUACCGGUAGUCGACAAUGACCUACUGGUUGGUCAUCCGCAAGAUUUAGUCAACAACCAGAGUCUAAAGUAUUCAAUUAAUGAGAUACUUAUCGGUACUAAUGCUGUGGAAGGCGCCGACUUUGCAGCGUUGGGACCUCUGGGCAAGUAUUGGCAUAACGACACUAUUGACCAAAACUUUACCAAACAUGCUAUCGACGAUUUGGUCAAUCAGUCGGUACCGGAAAUGUAUCAAAAUCUGGCCAAAGAGGCCCUGGGUUUUGCUUUCGAUGGCUUAGACCAGCAAAACACGACGCAAUUGUGGACACGUUAUAUCCAAUUGGUUGGCGAUAUUAUCUUUGUCUGUCCCGACCAGUUUGCUGGUGACGACACCGCCAACACCGAUGGUGGUGUCGUUACCAGAAAUCGUCGUACUGUCUAUUACUAUCAGUUUAAACAUAAACCUAGACACAUAUCUAGCGGCCCAAAGUGGGCUACAGGUGCCGUACACGCCGAUGAAAUUGCAUUUGUUUUUGGCUAUCCUCUGGUAGUGUCGGAUGAAUCAGUUUAUACACGAGAGGAAAGACAACUGAGCCGUCAAAUGAUGACAGUUUGGACUAAUUUUGCCAAAACUGGAAGAAGAGACCCGAAAAACACUCCUUUGGCACUGGAGGCGGGGGGUAGUCAAAGCCAAGGACCUCAUCUCAAGAACAAACAUACCCCGGCCACAGUUUACCGCUGUAUUAAGCGGUUUAACGCGGGAUCGGGAGCCGAAAGAGCUCCACAAAGUUGCCGCCCUUCAAAAUUGGAUGCCAAUGACAAGCGACGGAUCACCCUAUUGGCACUCAAUAACCCUCUGAGAAGCAGCCAGAAUAUCGCUUCAGAGAUUCACAGAAGAGGAAGCCCUCUUUGGAACGGUUUGGCGCUCUCUACAGAGGUCAGGGCUCAAGAAAUGGGUGCCAAAGAAGACAUUAGUCCUGACCCCUGA